GAGGUGGUAUCCAAAAUUAGGGUUCUGAGAACUCUGGAUUUUGCUCGGUUGUAUCGAUCCGUUUUCUUGUGAGCUGAGAAUUUCUCUGCUGCAAAUACAAAUCCCAAUCCCAAUAAUUUUGUAUACAAAAUCGAUGAUGGUGGAAAGGAAGCUGUAUAAAACGAAACUAUGCAUGCUUUAUCAGAGAGGUCGUUGUCAUCGUCAGACUUGCUCUUUCGCUCAUGGCAAUGCUGAGCUCCGUCGCUUCUCCGGUUCCGGUGGCGAAAUGCGAGAUUUUCGUGGUCGUGACUUGAGAGAGAAGCUUGAUAGAGAGCAUUCUCCAGUGCGCAGAUACUCCUCUGGUAAAGGGCAUUCUCCAGUGGGCAGAUACUCCUCUGGUAGAGGGCAUUCUCCAGUGGGUAGAUACUCCUCUGAUAGAGGGCAUUCUCCAGUUGGCAGAUACUCUUCUGAAAGAGGGCAUUCUCCAGUGGGCAGAUACUCUUCUGAUAGAGAUGCAAGAGAGAGACAUGCAUCCCGUGGGCGCAGUCCUCCUGAGUCUGUUGAGAGGAGUGAUAGAAAGCGCAGGAUGAAACAUCAUUCGGAUGGUCAAAGUGACAUCUCUGGAAGUUUGAACAUGUCAGAUGGGACAGGAGAUCAUGUGAAGGAGAGAAAACAUUUAUCGUCCAAUUCCAAAGAUGUCCUUCAGCUUAAGCAGUUGCAAUCCGAAAUCAAUAUGUUGGAUGACGAAAAACGAGAACUAGAGAUAUACCUUGAAGAGACAACUUGUCAAGCAGAAAGUCUAGCUUCAAAAAAUCAGGAACUAGAGAUGGAACUUUUCAAGGAAAAGGAGGAACGUAAAAGGAUUAUUUUGAAGACUAAGCAGUUCAUUGAAGCAUAUACUAAUCACUCACGGUUAGAAGCUGAACUGAAGAGGUCAGAAGCUCAGCUUCAAAAGCUCGCUAAUAAACUCGGCUCAGAUUUCAUCAGGACUGGUGCAACUGAAGAGGAUUCUGCCAUCAACAUUAGUGAUGGAGGGAUGGCUGGUAAUCAUUUUAGCUCAUUGGUUGAGCAGCAGAAGAAUACUUCACCUACCAAGAAAAGGCCGAGAAUUCAUCAUGAAGCUGAUGAAACGUCAAAUCAAGCGUCAAUAAGAGCAAAAGGAAAUGGUGCGCAGAGGAUUGCUUAUCCUACUCAGCUGAGUAAUGAGAAGAAAGACGAGGCACAAUUCGAUUGGGAGACCGUAGUGGGUGAAGAGAAAUCUAAGAAGGGGAUAAACUUUUCCAAUGACAUGACUUUCACUAAUAAGCCCAAAGCUUCUGAGAUUGCCGUUAUUUUGCCAUCAACCAGCAUGGCCGCUCAUGCAAAGGAUGAAGAUGUCGAAGUUGGUGAGACCGAGGAAAAGUUUGAAGUAGCUGGGAAUGCUACAAGAAGAGCUGGGAAGGGAGUUCCUUCUGGUAUCGCAGAAUAUCCUUUUCUACCACCUCCUCCUCCUCUUCCUCGAGGUGCUAGUUUGCAGUAUAAGCGUGAUGAUGCAGAUGGGCGUGAUGAAGAGAUGUUGGAGGUGGAUAUUGUUUAGCAUAGUGAUCAGUAUGUUUCCAUUGUAGGAUGUGACUUUGUACACCGCUGGUGCAUAUGUAGGGGAAUAGAGCUAAUGAACUGGAAAUUAUGGUCAGUCUGGCCAACACAUACAAGUGUUUUUGGAUACUAAACGUUGUUAUC